GUUUUUGAUUACGAGACAUUUAGUAACAUUCAAUUUAUCUUUACGUAAACAUGAACAUAAACAUCAGAGAGAUGAACUGAAGCCAAUAAUAAUAACCAAUGAGCGUCUGAUAUCUAUAUUUAUUUUUAGAGUUUAUAGUCAUCAUGACGCCGUGACUCUGUUUAUUCUUCUCACAUAGUUCACAUGUUUCCUGUCUGUGUAAACACAUGAUGUGACUUCCUGCUGCGUCUGUUCAGUUCAGGACCAUGACUCAUGGCCGAGGCUCCAGACCUGUUCUCAGAGCAGGAGCUCACCUGCUCCAUCUGUCUGGACCUGUUCGACCAGCCGGUCUCCACACCCUGUGGACACAACUACUGCCAGGCGUGUAUUGGAGGUUACUGGGCGUCCAGCCCCGUGUGCUCCUGUCCUCUGUGUAAACGUCAGUUUGACGAGCGUCCUCUGCUCAGCGUCAACAAGGUCUUCUCCCUGAUCGCCAACAAAUACAAAGAGGCUCGUUAUGGCGCCGCAGGGUCGUCACCGCAGGACGGGAGCGGCCCACUUAAGGGCGCUGCAUCGCCGGCCACAAAUGGCGGCGGUGGGAACCCGUUCACGGCGGUGGCAGCGGCUGGGGGCGAGGAGGUGGUGUGGUGUGACGUGUGUACGGGCGUGAAGCAGCCGGCCGUCAGCGCCUGCCUCACCUGCACCGCCUCCUACUGCAGCGAGCACCUGACCCCCCACCAGACCACGCCCUUCUACGCCAAACACCCUCUGAUGGACCCACUGGAGGCCCUCAGGGGCCGCACCUGCAGCACACACCGCCGCCUGCUGGAGGUUUACUGUCGAACGUGUCAGCGUUGUAUCUGUGCCAUCUGCGUGCUGGAGGAGCACCGAACACACCGCACUGUGUCGGUGCAGACGGAGCGGCUCGCCAAACAGAAACAUGUGGCUCGUACGGAGCAGGAGAUCUUGAACCGGAUCAGAGAGAGAGAGAUCCACCGGAGCCAGCUGAGCCGCAGACUGGACUCAGUCAAGAGCUACGCGGAGGGCGAGCGCGGCGAGGUGGAGACGUUGCUGGACGCCCUGUCCUCGGCGCUGGAUAGGAUCCGCUCUCAGGUGGUUGGCGGGAUCCAAAACCAGCUGGAUGCUGUGACGACGAAGGGGGAGGGGCUACUGAGCCGUCUGGAGGCGGAGCUUAGCCAGCUGACGGACAGGAGAGCCACGCUGGAGGAGCAGGCAAUCAGCCAGGACCACAUCGGCUUCCUGCAGAGCUUUGAUGAGGCCACAGCUCCGGUGUGUGAGGAGGAGCAGGAGGAGGUGGACGAGGAGGAGUUGUCAAUUCACUUCCAGCUGUCGGAGGUGAAGAGCUCUCUGGUGGAGUUGAAGGAGAAGAUGGAGGAGGUGCGUCUGGAGGAGGUGCGGCCCCGACGCUCCGGCUCGUCAGGGGAGCUGCCGGCGCCGUCGGCAGUGGCAGCGGCGGCGGAGAGCGUGUUCAGCACGAGAGGAAGCAGCUCGACCAUCCGGAGGAACGUGAAGAAGAACAAACCGGUGUCAGGACACAAGAAGGCUCGAGUCUACAUGGUGGACGUGACCCUGAACCCGGUGACGGCGUACCCGUUCCUCAUCCUGUCGGAGGACCGGAAGCAGGUUAAGCGCGGCGAGAAGCUUCAGUUCUACCGGAACAGUGCGCAGCGCUUCGACGUCUGGUCCUGCGUGGUCGCCAAGGAGAGCUUCAGCUCCGGACGCCACUACUGGGAGGUGUUCGUGGGGGACAGCAAGGACUGGAAGGUGGGCGUGGUCAGUGAGUCGGCGCCCAGGAAAGGCCUGUUCGACAUGAGUCCAUCCAACGGGUACUACGCGCUGUGGUGGAGCGGCAGCCACAUGAGGGCGCUGACGGCCCCGCCCCUCACCAAGGUGAAGAGUCCUCCCAAGCUGCGGCAGGUGGGUGUCUUCCUGGACAUGGACGAGGGACAGGUGUCCUUCUACAACGUCAAGUCCGGCUCAGAGUUAUUCAGCUUCAACGAGUCCGAGUUCACCGAGAAGAUGUUUCCUUUGCUGAGCACUGGAGACAAAGAGGUCCCCCUGGUCCUGCUCACCGCCCAGCACCCCGCCUGAGACGGACGGUCCUCCUGAGGGACACAUGGUGUCCCCCUGAGGGACGGACGGUCCUGAGGAAAAUAUUUUUAUUCCAGAAUAAAACUAGUUAAAUUAUCUGAAACGGAAUGAUACAAAAUUAAAAAAAAUAUAUAAAUACAUAUUUACUGGCUCUGAAUUCAUCAUUUUGUCUUUAAAUGCGCAGAAAUAUUUUUUUUUUUUUAAAUAAAAC